CACUAGUGGCCGAAAGACUCUGUCAAUGCCACCAAACAGCAAUGACGUGGCAGAGCUUGCAAGAGCGGUGGCAAUCAUCGCUGAGGAGGAUCCCGAAGCUGCCCGGGGCUUGCUGGGCAUCGCAAUGACACAGGCACAGCCAGCUGUGGCCAAGCCUUUCAUAGCACCGCAAAGACUGGGGCACUACCUCUCUGAAGCGACCGGUGAUGACUUUGACGUUGAAAUUACUUGGAGUGUGGCCGUUGUGGGCAGCACAGGCUGUGGAAAGAGCAGUUUUCUCCGGCGGUUUUGCGGAAGGAGUGGCAAUUUGGAGUAUCAACAAACACUGGUGACAGACUUUAUCGAAAAGAGACUGGAACUGGACGGCGAUGAAGUGACAUUUCAUCUUUGGGAUACUCCAGGCAUCGAUGAUCCGCGUUCUUUAGCUGAGAAGCACUGCAUGGCCAAAGCUUGCGUCAUUGUCUACGCAGCGAGCGAUAGGAAGUCCUUUGAAGCAGCCGAGCUAUGGAUCGUCAUGUUGCGCGAGUUGUGUGGGCCGCAAAGUCUGUUGGUUAUUGUCCGAUGCAAGGAUGAUGUGGAAGGUGUCGAAGUGGAAUUUGAAGAAGGCGAAGCUUUGGCCACAAAGUUUGGCAUCAAGCAUUUUGCUGCCGGUUCUAGUGCCGGCGAAGCAAAAGAAGUCUUUGUUUUGCUGGCCAAGGAGCUGUUGGAAAGGCAGCAGCAAACUGAGGAGCGCUUCCGUUGUGGUGAAGCUGUGGGAAGCCUCCAGUGGGCAGACUCUCCCAACACCGCCUGGUUUGAGCCGCAAAAAGGGGGCGAGACAAUUCCUUUGCGGCUCCGGGCGGUUGCAGUUCCCAAGCGGGCGCUGCCAAAGAGUCCUCCUCGUGCAAAAGCAAAAGCUGCCAACAGACCAGGUGUUGCAGGUGACGCUUCUCGUGGUGCUGGUCCUAAAGCAAGUUCAUCAGGUCCGCGGCCAAAGUCAAAAUCAGAAGUGAGGAAACCAGGUGCUGCGAAGGCCAAGGCAGCAAUUCAGCUGCCGGGUACGAAAAGCAGAGGCGGCUCGACAAGUUCCACGCAGCCAGAAGUGACACAAAACUCAGGCUUGGACGGAUCCACAAAGCACAGCGGCGAGGAGCAAGAAGGUGCUUGUUCGCCCAUGACACCCACGACACCCAUCUUGGAGACCAUCAAGCGGCGCCAUGUGAAGCUGUCGACCAUUGAGAGCGUGGGGAAUGUACAAGAUGACACGCCACCUGCAGCGUCGGCCUCUGUGCUACCUGGGCUGCCAGAUGAAGCAUCGGCAUCGCAAGGAGAAGAAAGUCCGAUCGACUCAGCAGUUGGGCACGUGACCACAUGUUUCAGCAGCUGGAGACAGUUGAGCUUGGGAUCUUUGUCUUCUGGAGGUUUGCCCACCAUCCUCACUCACCUCUCUGAGAGCAAGAAGGGCAUCGAGAACGAGGAGCGUGACCCGGACCCUCCGGAGCCGGAGGCGGCGGAGGCGGCGGAGGCUCCGACUCCAUGUGCCGAACCCGAGCCAGCACCAAGCCCCGAUCGCAACCCGCAUGACCCAGAAGGCUUUGCAGGCGCAAUCCCUCAGCGUCUGGAUGCGCGGCCUGCGCUGGUCAUCAACAUACCACCAGGGGACAACAACGCUCUGCGCUCGGAAGAGGUGAAUCCUACUUUGACUGCUCCUGCUGGCGCUCAGUUGGACGAGCGGGAGUACCGGCUGCUCUGGGAAUCUGUGGUGCAGGGAGACAUCCAGAUGCUGCAGGAAUUCAUAACCCGAGGGCGGCUUCAGAGCGGUCGCCUUUGCGACAUGAACGGCCACAGCAUUUUUUGGAACGCCCUGGCAUACCAGCAGCAGCAGGUGGCCAUGUUUUUGCUCCAUCACUUUCCACCCGGAAGUGCGCAGGGCAUUGACCUCUGGGAGGUCCAUCAGAGGAGGAAAGACACCUUGCUCCACCUGUGUGUCUACUUCCAGUACUUCUCGGCCCCAGUGGCUGAACUCUUUGAAGUGCUCUUUCUGGGCAUGGGCCAGGUGGAUACCAAUUCAUUUCAGGCCUACUGGAACAGAGCGAAUGCCGACUCGGACACCUUUCUGCAUUGUGCAGCUGUGCGACCCUCGGAUCAUCUGCACUGA